AUGGAUGUACGUGUCGGCCUGGCUCAGGCGCGGCUCCGUGUGGCUGUGGAGCACGCUCGUCGGCGGCCACGUCGGCGAGUAUGGGUCACCGAGGUUCAACAGCGGCGUAAAGCUCGGGGUGAGUUUUACCACCUCGUGCAGGAGCUGCGACUCCUGGACCCGGAUAGGCACCAGACCUAUUUCCGGAUGAGCCGCGACUCGUUUGACCUGAUCUUGUCUAAAAUCGGACCGAUGAUCACCCGCCAGCACACACACUUUCGAGAGCCCAUCGAGCCGGCUCAGCGUCUGGCCGUCACCCUCCGGUACCUCGCCUCAGGGAUGGAGUUCGCCGCGAUGGCGCCCACCUACCGACUCGGCGAACGGACGGUGCGAACCAUCGUGUGGGACACGUGUGCCGCCAUCGUGGCUGUCCUCGGCCCGGAGGUGCUGCCGGCCCCGACCGAGGCCACCUGGUGGCGGAGCGAAGCGGCCUUCAAGCAGCUGUGGGACUUCCCCAACUGCGUGGCGGCCAUCGAUGGAAAACACGUCCUAAUCCAGGCACCAGCAAACCCCGGCAGCAUGUACUUCAACUACAAGAAAAACUUUAGCCCCGUAUUUCUGGCUGCCGUCGACGGUAACUACCGCUUCGUCUACGUGUCGGUGGGGAGCGCUGGGAGAGAGUCCGACGGCGGCAUUUUCGGCCGCAGCGACCUGGCUGAGAAGCUGAGGGACGGGACGCUCGGCCUGCCAACAGCCAAGCCGCUCCCGGGCACGGAGGUGAAGCUGCCACCUGUGUUUGUGGCGGACGAGGCGUUGUUCCCUCUCACCGCCAACAUCAUGCGGCCGUACCCGGGCCGCACCGAGGCCAGACUCGGCCGGCUGGUGCCUUGA